AUGACUCGCUUGCUGCAAAUCCUGGGACGAGUCUUUGGAACAGCUCCUUCGCCAGCUCCAGCAAGUCGUGUGACGACGAACAUCGCUCGAGCACGAGCGCGAGCGCGCGCCAUUGACACCGAUUUCUCUGUCUUUCGAGAGGGCGACCGCGCGGUAAUUCACCAGAAACAGCCUCAACUGACAAAACCCUUGAAAGUCGGCGACAAGACGAAUCUGCGUCGUGGCCAUGUUGCACAUGAGAAGAUCAUCGGGAGUCGAGUCUGGGAUGCAGUCCCUGCACACAAAGGUCCCGAUGUCCGAUUGAGUCUGCCAACGCUGGAAGAAUAUGUCGCUUUGAGUCCUCGUCUCGUCACUCCGAUCUAUUCACAUGACGCCAAUUUGAUUGUAUCGCUCCUCGAUCUUCACGUCAACCCUCCAGCCACAGACGACUCACAACCUCCUCUCGAGAUCUUAGAGUCAGGGACAGGACAUGGUUCAUUGACGCUUCACCUCGCCCGGGCAAUUCACGCCGCCAAUUCAACACCUCCACCACGUCCGGCCGGGUCACAAAUCCAGUAUUUGAAGGACCGAGCGCUUCGACCGGGCGAGCAGAGCACACCGGCCACGGAUGGCACACAGAGCUCUGAGGAUAUCGACACGGCUCAGCGGGAAUGGGAUGCCUGGCGAGCAACCCGCAAGGCAGUGAUUCAUACGGUGGACGUCUCUGGAAAGUUCGCAGCCCUGGCCGAAAAGAAUGUCAACGGCUUUCGUCGUGGGAUCUAUGCUGGCAAUGUUGAUUUCCACGUAGGCUCGGUUGAGGACUGGGUCGCUGAGCAGUCCAAGCGAAGGAGCAAAAAGGUCAUGGCGUUGUCCUCCUCUAGCGACGCAGCUCCUGAACCUUUCUUGUCCCAUGUGAUGCUGGACAUGCCCUCGGCCGAUCUGCGGAUUCCUCCCGUGGCCCCUCUAUUGAAACGAGGUGGUUAUCUUGUUGUCUUUAUGCCGAGCAUCACUCAAAUUGGGGAGUGCGUGCGGACCAUCCGUCAACAUCGACUCCCCUUUGUGCAAGAAAGGGUAAUUGAACUAGGUCUCGGCAUGACGAGCGGCCGGCAUUGGGAUGUUCGACUCGCGUACAAAAAGUCUGCGGCUGAUCCCUCAUCGUGGGCACCCCCUGUCGAGUCGGACGGUGAGGAUGCAGCUGCUACUGGUAUUUCAAGUGCGGAGCAGGCUGAAGACUCGGAGGCCGGUCCUGAUGAGAUCGUCCUGCCCGAUGUACCUCUCAAGAAUGAUGAGCCCGUCAUGGUCUGCCGACCCAAGGUCGGUAUCCGGACCGUAGGCGGAGGUUUCAUCGGGGUGUGGCGUCGUAUUGAAGACCCCUCUGAAAGCACUACAUAG